CAUUCAUUCAAGUAAUGAGGGCCGAGUCGGGGGAUCACUUAGCACGAAAGUACCAGAAAUGAAUUGGCGAAAGCGACCAUCGGCCCAAAAUCAGCAAUAUUCGGUCCGAGCAUCGCAAGACCUGUCAGCUAAAGAAGCCGAUAUACAACAACCAAGCACUCCACAUGGCAAACAGAAUGAAGAAGUAUUAUCAAAUGUAGGAAAACGACAAAAAAUUCAAGCGCUGAGCCUGAGCCCUCGAGAUCAUUGGAAAUUAGAUUUUAAUGCAGGUGCCUCAUCAAGGUCUGAGUCCGGGGAGUGGCGCCUACCCACGUCUAACAUAGGAACUUCCCGGCCGUUUUCACAGUUAGGAGGAUUCGAUUACCAGGCCUAUCAUCAGCCUAUGAACCCAACAACUCCUCAGUCAUCGCACUUUUUCUCACCUGGGUGGUACGACAUACCCUCCGCAGGCGUCAAUGGAUUUCCCAAGGGGGAUCAUGCCAGUUUGCCGCCAGCACCAGAAUAUAACCUUCUUUCUUUGCCGAAUAAGCAUUCUGGCUCAAGCAGCGCGAAUUCGGAUGCGUCUUCGCCCGUGUGGCCGUCUAUUUUGAAUGGCCCACAAGGCUCACACUCCUCAAACCAAUGGCCGGGAAGACACAAUUUCCAGGGAUCCUCAUUGGAAUCAACCGCGCACAAGGACACACUUGGUACGCCGGAUGUCCCUGCCUUUGAUGACUUCCAAUCAGCUCCAAAGACUGACUCGAGUCCAUCAGCUUCCCACCCCGGCUCUGACACCGACCAACUCGGUGAUGUCGAUCACUUUGUCUCACAGUUUCUGGUAGAUUAUGACAAUCCCCAUGAUGCGCAAAACAAACCGAAUGCUGCUAAGGGCGGUGCAGCCAAGCCCCUCGAACCGUUACCAAGCGUUACUGAGCCUCGCAGUCCUUCUCCGGGGAAUCAUUUCAGUUCUGAACCCAUCCACUCAAGCCACUCCAACGAGAACCAUAUUGAUGAGGAUGACUUGAUGUCACAGCUCCUGGAGGGAUAUGCCACUUUGCAUGAAGAAAGCAAGCUGAACUUUCCUCAUAGCAUUGCAUCGAACCCCACCAUAAACACUAUAGAGAACCAUAGGGAGACACCUGCUCCGACGGCCGAUUUUGCUUCGGACCUUUCCAACCUAAGCCACGCCAACGGAGUCCAUAUCGAUGAGGACCAUUUGACCUCGGAGCUGCUCAAAAAGGUUUACACUGAUCAUCAUGGGGGAGAGAAACAGGACAAUCCUCGUGGCGUCGCACCCAACGCCGUGCCACCAAUCUUACCAGACAUGGAUAACCACAGACAGACGCAUGCUCCGAUUGUUGAUUUAGCUUCGAAAGUUUCUUACUCGCGCCGCGUCAAGGAUCACCAUGUUGAUGAAGACCAUUUAAUGUCGGAUCUGCUGGAGGGUUACGCCAUUCUCCACGAACAAAACAAGCACAACUAUCCUCAUGGCAUUAUGACCAAUUCCCUGCAACCACAUGUGCAGAAUAUAGAGAACCACAGCCAGACUCAUGCUCCGAUUACUCAUCUGGGCUCGGAAGUUUCCAGUCCAAGACACAACGGGGACCAUGUUGAUGAGGACGACUUUGUGUCGAAUUUGUUCGUUGAUUAUGAUAACCUCCAUAACGAAAACGACAGAAAAGACUCUCAUCACGUCAGAUUCAACUCCCAGGAACCUGUUGUCCAAGUUACGGAAGAUCACAGGGAAGCUCCUCGAGGUUCCAACCCCAGCCAAAGCAACGAGGUUUAUGGGUACCACCCCGACUCACAGCUCCCAGUACAUCAUGACAAUCGCCACGAUGAACACGAGAAGAACGCCGUGAAUGAGGCUGUAGAAGAGGUCAGGAAAGACGAUCGAAAUGAAAGGCGCACAAUGACGCCGCCAGAUAAUUCGUUAGAGCUUCUUAAAGACCAGCUUACCGCGGCAGCUUAUCCUCGCAAAAGCAUGAGCAGGGAAUUCUUGCAGACUUUCACAAAAAGAUUCACUCUAGAGAUCCGAAAACGCUUUGAAGCCAACAGGCUUCCGACACUGAAACCUACUAACCGUAAAAUGGCAGGUUAUCCAGCUGUCAUGUGUCCAAGCACUACCAAUGACCAAUUAUCCAUAAUUCGGGUACUCGAUAACUCUGAUGGGAGCGGCUACCGAACUAAAAUGGGUGAUAAGUUGUCUCAGACGUUCAACAAAUUGAUUUGUUGGCUCAUCUUCGCCCACAUGGCUCUAUUGCGGAAUGCCAGUGGAGAGCCCAACUUGAUAGCCGAGAGCCUUGCUCAUGAAAAGUUGAUGGAUUGGCUUUUUAAAGAGGCCUUCCACCCGUCAGGAGGCAGUUUUCCUGUCGUAGGAGCAGUUGAAACCGCAAGCCUACCAAAAGACGGCAAAGCGUUCGGGCCGAUGCAAGCGGACCUACUCGAGUAUCUCAGCCAGGACUCAUCGAUUGAACGACUACUCAAGGUCUCGGUUUCCAUUAUCCACGAAUACAUCAACAAAAAUCCUGGCACAGUGCAUCUUCUGGAAGACAAAGCCGGGUUGACGCGACUUUUGCAAUCAGCUAUAUCGAAGGCAACUGCCUCGCAAGAGAAGGCCGACAAUCCAGAUCAAUUACGAUAUCUCCACAAAGUGAACAGCAGAACACCCAUUCAACUGAAGCAUUUCCUAGUACCCCGCUUGAGUGACUUUCCCUUAUUACUCGUCCCGACAAGGUUCGCUGGAGUAUCAUCAGUCACCCUAGGAAAAUAUGAAGCCUUGGUUUUGAAAACGUUUGUGGAGCAAAGCCGUAUUCCCUCUUCCAGUACGCACGCAAAGUAUCCGAUGGAUGACCUUCCGGUUAUACUCGAAACCCCAAUGAGCCUCGACAAUGAAAAGACGCCGAUAAAAUUCACCGUCAGAAUCGUACACCUUAAUUGGAAGACAAUCCAGAGCGAUCACAUGGUGUUGAAGAUAAAAUCCUUGUUCUUUCAUUUGCAAUUGUGCCACCACCACUUGCUAGAUUAUAUACAAAACUCAGUCCAAAUCAAGCCAAUUGAUAGGGCACACAAGUCUUUUUCUAAGUGGCUCACACAGGUGAUACUCAAGCCAUUGGGGGACAGAUCCUACCCUCUCUUUGGACAGGUGGAAGCGGUUCGAUGUCCGGACACAUUCAAGCCGUCACAUUUCGAUGAAGUUCAAAUUGAAUUGAUUGAUUACUUCACCGAACCAAAGUCACAUUUUGUGCUCUUUCGGCUCUCACUUACUCUCAUUGGUUAUUGGUAUAGAAAUCACCCCACCGGAGAUCAUUUGACUCGUUACUUCAAAACUGACGACUUAUACUGGGAGACCAUGCUCGACCUUUUGUACAAGAGAGUUUAUUCUAAACGUUUGGAGUAG